GGAGGACGGGGGAAGCGGGCGGAGCUGCGCGGUGCGGCUUCCAUCUCUCCGUGCGGCCUUGCCGGCAUGUUCGUGCCUUGCGAUGGCGGAGGCCUCGAUUUCGAGGGCUUCACGCUGCUCAUGCCAGCAGUGUCGGUAGGCAACGUUGGCCAGCUGGCAGUAGAUCUAGUCAUCUCCACGCUUCGCAUGCCUAAAGUGGGCUACUUCUACACCGACUGCCUGGUGCCAAUGGUGGGGAACAAUCCUUAUGCAACAACAAAAGAGAACUCAAUGGAGCUGAGCAUAAAUGCGGAAGUGUAUUCAUUGCCUUCAAAGAAACUUGUAGUUCUGCAGAUCAGAUCACCUUUUAUAAAGAACAAGUACAGGCCAUUCUGUCAAACACUGCUUUCUUGGGUGGAAAGCAGCAAAUGUGCCAGAGUCAUUCUUCUGUCCAGCAGCCACGCAUACCAGCGCGAUGACGAACAGCUCCUCGGGACACCGCUGCGCUACCUGCUUACACCAGCUCUUGAGAAAACAGUUGAAGGCCAUAUACAGGAGCUGAAAUGGAAAGAAAUGGAAAAAGUAGCAGCUUACCCUGGAAUAAGUGAUGCAGAAAAAGUUCUACAUAUUCCUGGAGGUGGCAUCACAAAAUUAUUGUUUACUGAGAGUUGUUCCAAAGGAAUCCACAUGGCAGUUCUUCUCAAAUUCUGCUCAGAAGGGGACAAUAUCCCUGACGCCUUUGGGCUUGUUAACUAUCUGAAUGAAUGGCUUCAGCUAAUUAAAAUCAGAAGAAAUUCUUCCACAGAUGCUUCUCCAGAGAGGGAAAUACCAGAUCCUUCUUCACUAUGGAAAAUACCGAGUUCUUGGCGCCUGCUUUUUGGCAACGGUCUUCCACCUGCACUCUUCUGAUCUGUUUGGAUUCCUUCUGUAAGUCACACCAGUGUAGUGUCAAUCCUCCCGUGAACAGGUGAUUAUAAACUAAUUGCCGAGCAACAGCAGCCUGAUUCAUUAUGUAAAUAUAUUCUUAAGGAAAACCUCUUUUACCCCCCCCCCCCCUAUUGAAAUAACAGUAACUUAAUUGAACAAAGAAAUAGGUUUGACAGAGUUGUUUAUUGAAGAAUUUUGUUUUUUCUUCUGAAAUAAAAUAUUUUCAAAACCCUU